GUUAGCCGCGCCUUAAUUUCCAAACACUAGCAUGAGGAGAAGCAACGGGGGCUACUGUUAAGCAUCCGUGCAGCAGUUAUAUUAAGAGCUGAACAAAAUGUCAGAUUCUGACUCGGAUAUUGACUGUGGUGGUGGCUGGGACAAAUCCCAGUCGAAAAUGUACGAUCCAGUCAUCGCCUUUCGUCCGUUAGAGGAGAUUUUUAACCGGUGGUGUGAUAUUCCCGCUGACAUAAAAAGAGAAGCAGCGCAGAGGAUGAAAAUUUGUUCCUUCUGGCUUCCCAUUCUGCUGGAUCCUGAAGAGUCCAUUACUGUUUGCUGGGCUAUUGAGAUAGGUCUAAUCAGUGCAAGUGGCAGUGAAGAUCUAAGUCUCAAGCACCUGCGAAGAAUAGAAAUAGUAGAAGUGAUCUUCAGGGCCUUGGAGAAAGGAUUUUUAAAAAGGAACGAAUCAAAACAUAUUAUGCUACUUAGCAAUGGCCUUAACUUGCGCACUGCCGAGGCGUUGGACGAUGCGUUUCACUGGUUGGUGCGAGAAGGAGAACCUGAUAUACAGAAGCGAGUGCUCGACCUUGGUGCUGGACACACCUGCUUCAUAGCCCUCCAUCAUAUCUUCACAGAGUAUGCCAGGCUUAUUCAGGAAAUGGGUAGCAACACAGAGAGGAGGAUGAAGGAGCUGAUGGCUCGGCCGUCGGACAGUCAUGUCGAGAAAAGUGAAGAAAUGAAGAAGAAAGGAAAUGAGCAUUUUGAGAAGCAGCAAUAUGAAGAAGCUGUGAAGUAUUAUUCUAAAGCCAUCAAACAUUACCCUGACAAUCACAAACUUUAUGGAAACCGGGCUCUGAGCUAUAUCAGGUGUAAGGAGUAUCUAAAAGCAGCUGGUGAUGGAAAACGUGCCACUCUGAUUAAACCUCUGUGGAUAAAGGGUCACUAUCGCUACUGCGAGGCCUUGUUCUCCUUGGGACAGCACAAAAUGGCUAUCAAAGCAAACCAGUUAGCCCAGUUGCUCUGUAAAGAUGACCACGAGGGAGUCAAAGAGCUGGAAACACAGUUAUACAAAUUCACAGUUCCACAACCAGUACCACAACGUGGUCCGCCUCGAGGAUACGUGUCAGCUGGACCACUAAAGCAAGGCCAAAGUUUUAGAAUCGGUGUCGUGGCUUCACAACCGCCGCAUUCAAAACCUGUUAGUAAGACUCAUCCAGCUGCAAGCGCCGCUCCAAAGGUCUCUGUUAAAAUGGACAAGCAGGCAGGAAAAAAUGAAAAGACUGCUCAGAAAAACAGCAGCACUAAAGAACCUAAAGCAUCAAAAAGCGAGCCGCCUUCAAAGAGCGAGCCCAGCGCCACAGCAAAGAAGAAAUCAAAGAUCAAAAAUGGUCAUCCUGAAAAAGAGAACCAGGUGGUGGUUGAUAGUAAAAUCUCCACGUCGAAAGAGUUGAGAUCCAUCGUGGAGGAUGCUCACACUGCCCUGACCGACCUCCGCAGCCGCAACGCAGAGCAGGCCUUCAGCAAGGCGCUGGCCUUAUUGGAAGCUGUAACGCCCCGGGAACUUGGACUUUCAACCACAGACGAGCUCUUGCUGCUGUUUGGCCGUGCGUUAGCCCUGACAGAGAUCGGCCAGCCGGAGGAACUGACAGAAGCAGAAAAACUGCUGCAGAAGAUCAAAUCAUAUGAGGAGAGAACGUUUCAGUGUCUAGUUUAUUACGCCAUCGGCAAGUUGUAUCUCAGGGAAAACAGGUUUGCAGUAGCUUUGGAGCAGUUUUCAGAUUCCCUGCAGAUGUUCAAGAAUCAGAUAACACCUGGUAAACUCACCUGGCCUUUAACAAAAGAGAUUGUCAAAGAAACACAGCCAGACUAUUUGAAGGGAAUUCUGGAGGAUGCUAUAGAGUUGUGCAAGUUUCCUCCGACUCCUGAUGCCAUUUGUCGCCUUGACAAAUGUCUUUGCCCAGUGAAAGCUGAAAUCUACUUUACUGAUCCAGAUUUUAAGGGCUUCAUUCGGCUAUGCUGCUGCCAGCACUGUACGGUUGAAUACCACAUCACCUGCUGGAAGAGCCUGAAGACGUCAGCCUUUGCAGAAAAGAAUGAAAAGGAUUUGCUCCAAGAAGCAUGUUUGACUCCAAACUGCGUUGGUCAGAUCUGUAGUAUAAAAAUCUUUGGUCCGACGGGCCUGGUGAAGUGCAAGUUUGAAGCUGCAAUCCCCAAACUUCAGACUGUGAAGAAGCCUAAGGUGAAUCAGAAAUGUACAAGUGUGAAGAAGUUAAAAUCAAAGGAAGAGCAGAAGCUCAAGAGGAAGCAGCAUAAACAGUCUUUUCAGGAUAAGGAGGAUAAGGAGAAUCUGCAGCGGCAAGAAGACUCGGCAGCCCAGAGUCAACAGAAAGUCUGGUUAGUGUACAGAGAUCGAGUCCUUCUGCAGAUCAGCCAGAACGUGGAGCUUCUGAGGGAGGAGAAAGGACUCCAUAUUUCUGUCGUCUUCGGCAGCCUGAAACCCUGGUUGGAGCUGGACUCUGCGAGGGGGAACCAGAUAGCUGGAAGGAUGUUGAACUGGCAGCAGGAGCAGCUGGAGACUUUAGGACAAGUUGUUGAGCUACUACUGGAGAGGAAGAACCGGGUUUGGGCUCGUGUCUUAAUCCAAGAGCUCAGUAGCUGCGUAGCUAUAAAUCCCAAACUCAGCAAUUGGGCGUGCCGUCUCAAUGAUGGAGGCCUGAAUGCUGCUCAGAGCUUCAUUGAACGUUACGCAGGACGCUUGGAGCAGCUGGACUUGUCUCUUCUGCUAAAAUUUGGACCUUUGCAGGACAUGAUUAUAGAGAAGCUGGGCACGAGCCCGGAGUUAUUUUCAAGCAUUGGCUUGACUGUGACUGAAUACCUUAAACAGGCUCCACCACAUGACAUGAGACUCUUUAUCUGGACUUUGGAAGAGCAUAGGGAUGAGUAUGUCUCCUGCCACACUAUUCUGGAUGAAUAUUUUGAUAUGUUGGAUGGACAUUGUUCUGUCUUAAAAAAGUCAGAUGACAGUAAAAAUAAUUCUCCUAUCAAGGCUAAGAGUCGAGGUCGGAAAAAGAAACAGAGAGAGCCGAAGGGUGUUAUUGUUUUGUCUGGGAUGAGAGCUGUAACUCCGAGAGAUGAGUGGGACCAAGAGUUUUUUGAAGAAGAUUCUUUAUCAUUCCUUGAUGCUCUCGAUCCGUUCAGCGUUCCGAGCCACCUUCGAGAGCAAGUAGCUGAAUUUGAGGAGCAGUAUGACAACACCAGACACAGAACUCACUAUAAAAAGAUUUUGGACAACAACCCUGACUCAACAAAAGAGAGUUUGUAUGACUACUUUGCUCAGAUCUUGGAAGAGCAUGGCCCCCUGGCAGCUGAAGACCCUCUGCUGGUGGGUGAGCUGGAAAAUUUCCCUCCUGAGGCUAAGCUAAAGAUCGGAGAGGCUGGCGGCUUCGAGCCCUUCCUCCUGGACUCCCUUCGCUUCAUAAAAAUCGGGAGGUGUAUUGGCCUGGCCAAGCAUGCCGUUUCCCUGCAGCAGGCUGAAAAUGGAUCCAGCCUGGACGAUCUGGACGUAAUAGCUGAUCCUGACAUCUCUGGCGUUGAAACUGGUUUCACAAGCUAUCUGAAUGAUUUUUCAUCUGCACACACUGAAAUCUAUCCAAUGCUACCAAAUCCUUAUGUAUUUGGCUACCAGCAAGUGUUCCUACCGAGAAUCAAUCCUUACUUUGUUGGGAUUAACGGUGUCGAUCAGGAGCCAGUCGCUCAGUUUUUGCCCAAUGACUAUGAAGACCUGUAUCUUGAUCCCUCUGAGACUGAUGCUGGAGUUUGGGAAACAACCAGUGAGGCCCUUUUGAAGAUCCAUGCAGCAGUGCAGACAUCCCAAGAGGCCAUGAGGAGUGUAGCUGUGAAUACCGAGCUUCAUGAGGGUUUUGAGAAAUGCCAGGGUGACAUCAACAAACAGGAAAAGAGCAACGAGACGCUGAAGAGGAAGAUCGAGAAAAUGAAAAGUAACAAAAUCAACUUCAGUGAAAGAGAAAAUGUCGUUUUACUCCAGGAAGACAUACAGAGGAUCACAGCCAAUAUACAAGUCACCAAUAAGGAGCUGACGCUGUUCCAGCAGAAGUUAGAGGAGGAGGUGAAGAAGGACCAGAAGGAGAAGAAAGCCAACCAGGAAGCACUGAAGUCUCUAAAGCAGGAGAUAGAAGAGCUGAUGGAGCAACAAGGGAGUCUCGCCCAAAGCAUCCAGGAGAAGAAAACCAGCUUUGAAGCCAAGUUGAAUGAUUUCUUAGAGUUGAGCAAUCAGUCAGCAGCUGAGAAGAUGAGUCUGGAGGAUGAGAUCAAACGCUGCAAAGCCUUAAUCACUUCGGCCACCAGGAGGUCUCACACAGCUCUGCUGUCUCUAUUGGAGAGCAGUCACGAUCAGAGCUUGCACGACCUCUACAAAGAGCUGGCAGACUCCAAAGCUUUGCUCACCAAACUGGAUGAAGCGCUGCACAGAUUCCCAAAUCAAGAUCUGGAAGCAACGAGAAACGGCUGCAGAGACAACAUCAAAGAAGUGGAGAAGAAAAUCUCUGCUGCUAAGCGACUGUACCAGGAACAGAUGGACGAGGCGAGGAAUGGCAGACGAGUCGCUGAGUCGCAUCCGGUCAGCAGCCAUCCUGAACCUGCACAAAAUCUCUCCGCAGCAGCCAAAGAGUUCACUCCUCAGUCUUCAGCUCAGGCCUCACGCGGUACUCCUUCACCCGUCCACCAGUCCACUCCCCCCGCAGCAGAGGCGCUGGCCCCGCCCGCUCAGCACAGACCUCCAACCAGGACAGUGGAGUCUCCGCAGCACAACACCGUGUUCAGCAAAGCCAUGGAGACCCUGUCCAGCAUGUUCCCUGACUGUACAAGGUCAGAGUUGAUGAGGUUUGUACAGGAGCUGCGUUCAUACAGCGGUGGAAGCUUCAGCAGCAUGACGAUGCAGGAUGUGGUCGGAGGAGUGACCCAGCUGAUCCUGGACCAUCAGGAGAGGCUUAAUUCUGCCAGGUCCAACAUCAUGGGUCGUGGGAGUCCAGCUCGGCCCGCUUCCCCUAUUUUGGUAAACCCGGCAUCGGUGUGGCAGCCAGUCGGACAACAGAGAGUCAGGAGUUCCAACGCUCUGAACGUGGAGGAUCCCUGCAUCAUCUGUCACGAGGACAUGAGCCCGGACGAAACCUGCGUGCUGGAGUGCAGACACAGCUUCCAUAACGAGUGCAUCAGGUCGUGGCUGAAGGAGCAGAGCACCUGUCCCACCUGCAGGAAUCACGCCCUGCUGCCUGAAGAUUUCCCCAUGCUGACCGGCAGGAGACGCCCAGCUCCGUGAUGUCUUAAACCCCCGCCUCCUCUCACAUGUAUGCUUUUAUCUUUUUGCUUUUCUUAUUGCACCUAAAUCUAGACAAGCUUCUACCUUUUUUAAAUGUAAUGAUGUUCAGUUGUGUAGGGACGCAUCGCUGUAUACGCUAAAGAAAUAAAACUGUCUUGUGUUAGUGCUCAGUGCUGUUUUGUGGUGCCCAAGUUUGCCAUAAAAUACCGGGUUAUUUUAGAUUUGUUGAGACUCCUGCAGCUGGUGGAGAAACAGAUGCAGAAAUCCCAGUAAAUCCACAAUGUGUCGCUUUCGGUUCUGAUUAAACACGUUUUCGUCUGUGAGCUUCAGAGCAGCUCGUAGGGUGAUUCUUUUCUUUUUAAAUGUUUGUGUUUUUAAUCUUCGUGCUAACCAAAUGCUUGCUGCAUCUCUCUGCGGCUCCUGGAAAUAAAGCAAGCGGGAAGUGUUGGUUUGGACUAUGAGAGAUGUUCUGUCACCACAGCUGUAGACCGCUGGCUGUACCGGGAAAAAAAUAUUAAAGCCAUAAAAACACUUGA